AUGAAGUGGAAAAAUGGAACAGAAGGAGAUAUUAGACCCAUGAGCCAGAAACAAGUGGGGCGAGAAAUGCUUUCAACAUCCCAUGCCUCGAAGUACGAGGUGGGGAUGAUGGGAGAAUUCAACAACAUUCAGCGAGAAGGAACCUCGCCGCUCACGCCGCUUCAACAAGGGCAGAUUAUGGUUCCACUCCCGUGUACUGGAGGUAGCAUUAUCUAUCCGAAGCCAAAGCAAGAUCCAGGUGCCGAGUCAGAGGGCAGCUUUACAGGGAAACCUCAGCUGAGAACACCCAUGCAGCAACAAGGUUUUAAGGUUGGAGGAGUAUGCCAAGCCCACUAUUCCUUAUUUGCACAACGCCCCCAAAGCCCCCAAGCAAAUGUCAACGACAAUCGCAGAGCCGCUUCUUCGCCUCUCCUGAUUUGGUCCGUGCCGAUCAAACUUCUCAGAACGCCUCACGAAACGUUGUUGUAUGAUGUACGGAGUAUUGAAAGUGGUCACAAUCGUGGCCAUCAUGGCUACCAACACACCAGCCAGCAAGAGAGCUAG